UGGGGAGUCUCGCAAGCAUCGCCUCUAGAUCUGGGUGCCCCGAACCCCGACAUCAGUUCAGUUUCGCAGCCCAGAAAAGUGGCUUAAUUGUGUAAAUGAGUCUUCCCUGUGCAUGAAUUAGGAACAGACAUACAUCUAAACGUUAUUGGCCAGAUAUUGGCCAAUCUGCCAAUAAGGACCCGUUAAAGGACCCGGUAGGUGGAGCGGAGAAAGAAUAGGAAAUCGGCACUGAGUAAUCUCGGCGCGAGCAUUCUUGCGAGUGUUUUGUAACAGUGAGACUGCUGGAAAAGGAGUAAUCAUGGCUUCUAAUCCAAGUGUAUUGUUGCGUCUUGUGGCCUCAGCAUAUUCUGUGGCUAAUAAAGCGGGAACCAUUGUCAGAAAAGUUAUGUCUGGAGGAGAACUGGACAUAGUGGAGAAGUGUGGAGCUAAUGACCUCCAGACUAAAGCUGAUCGCUUGGUACAGAUGAGCAUUUGUUCGUCCUUGGUUCUGAACUUUCCUAAGGUGACAAUCAUAGGUGAAGAGGAUCUUCCCUUUGAAGAAGUCAGUGAAGACUUACUUGAGAAAAGCCAAUGUGAGGAGAUACUGAAGCAAAUCUGUCCACCGCAGUAUACUGCUAUAAAAGAGGAAGAGCUUGUUAUAUGGGUUGAUCCUCUGGAUGGAACAAAAGAAUAUACUGAAGGCCUUCUUGACCAUGUAACAGUUCUUAUUGGUAUUGCUUAUCAAGGAAAAGCUAUUGCAGGGGUCAUCAAUCAACCAUAUUACAACUAUGAAGCAGGUGCAGAUGCAGUUCUAGGCAGGACAAUAUGGGGAAUCCUUGGUUUGGGUGCCUUUGGAUUUCAGCUGAAAGAGGUACCAGCUGGACAGCAUAUCAUUACCACCACAAGAUCACAUAGCAGCAAGAUGGUAAAUGAUUGCAUUAGUGCAAUGAAGCCUGACAGUGUGGUGAGAGUUGGAGGUGCUGGUAAUAAGAUCAUUCAACUUGUUGAAGGCAAAGCUUCUGCUUAUGUAUUUGCCAGUCCUGGAUGCAAGAAGUGGGAUACAUGUGCACCAGAGGCUAUUUUGCAUGCAGUUGGAGGCAAACUUACUGAUAUUCAUGGGAACUUUUUUAAUUAUAAUAAAGAGGUCAAACACAUGAAUUCAGGAGGAGUCCUUGCUACUUUAAAAAAUCAUGACUAUUAUGCCAGUCGAGUUCCUGAGGCAGUCAAAGAAGCCCUUCUGCCAUAAAAAUGUGCAUAAGAUUGUACAUUCCAUUUGGCUGGAAAGACCUUCUUAACUGAAAUAAAUUGUGAUUUUUGAUAGGGUCACACUUUGGACCAGUUCCAUGAUCUUUAGUCUUUAAUAAAAUUGUCCAGUUACCCUAAUGCUUAUUAAUAUCAUAUAUGUUCACCUAUAUAAUUAUCAACUCCUAUUAAAUUAUUCAAUCUAUU